AUGGCGGACAAUGAAGACGAAAAUGGCUUGAUAACCAUUCCUACACUUCCUAAUGUUUCCGAUUCCUUGCAUCCUGAAUCUGUCAUCGUAAAUGAGACAGGUGAAGGGAGGGUGAUUACUGAUGAAGAGGCAGAAGACAUUUUACAACAAGCUAUACAGGAUGCCCAGGAGUUUGGAGAAGAGGCAGUGGCAUUAUCUUAUGUGACAGCAGAUGGAGAAACUGAUCAUACAAAUAUUGCAACACAAGAAAUAGUAAACAAUGGUGUGACCAACAGUAAUGAUGAUUUGGUCAGUGUCCAAGAGAAUGCUGGAUAUGAUGUAGCGUAUGCAGUAGUUUCUGAUAAUGGUGACAUUAUCCAAACAGCUGACACCAUGUCACUUGAUGACAGUGGCAUGGACAACAUUAUGUUGGCAUCAGAAUCACAGAGCCAAACUCAAGUUGUGACUUUUCAACAAGCACCGUCAUCAGAUAACACAAUAACAUUGCAGGCUAAUGAAUUUGCUAAUUCUGUGCAACAGGGUGGGCUAAAUGUGACCUUAGUUCCAGCAAACCAGAAUAGUGUUGCUCCAAUAGGUUCGAGCCAAAAUCCAAUACGCAUUGUGCAACAAGGGAACCAAUAUACACCAGUGCAACAAUUAACAGCAGAACAACUGCAACAAAUAAUGCAUGUUGUACAAGAACAGCAACUCGCUAAAUCUGCAGAUAGUAAUAACGGUUCUAGUAUUUUAUAUAAUCCACAAACUAAUACCAGAAUAGUGUAUCGUGUUAUUUAUCCAUCUGAACUCCAUAAAUCAACCAGUAAUUCUUCUACAGAGAAUACUUCUAUCACAAUCGGUAGUCAGACAGGAGUUGAUAAUACUCAAAUUCAACGUAGAGCUUAUAAAAAACGUACUAGAGAAGAUGAAGAAGACAAGGUUGAGGUUCCAGAAUUAUCCAAGGAAGAGAAAGAAGAGAGAAAAAAACAUCGACCAAGGACUAGAUCUGGGCGUGUUUCUAAACCACCUAAACAUAUGGUUAAAGACUAUAAACAUAUUCAUGUGUUAGAUUGGGAUGAAGAUUAUGAUGAUUCUGAUGGGGGAUAUUCUGACUUUAAAAUUAGUGAUGAAGAUAAACGUGGAGCCAAACCCUUAGUGGAAAAUGGUGAAAAUAGUAGAGAUGCUGCAGAAACAGAUGGUCUCAGUGGAGUAGAACGGGUAAAAAAUCAUAAAUGUGAAACAUGUGACAAAGCGUAUAUUGGUCAAGGUGGUUUGCGGCGACAUUAUCAACUCAAUCCUUCACAUGGUUCAUUACCAGAUGAUAUAGAAGAUGUUGACAAAGCUUCAAGUAUAAAUAGUAAUAAUAAUAAAAGUAAUGGAAGUAUAUGUAGCUUAUCAGAGGACAGUAAUACUCAAGAUUCAUUAUUAAGUCAGUCAGUAACUCCAACAUCUAAUACCGUGAUUCAACCAACAAAACGCCGUGGACCUGGGAGACCCCCCUUUAAUGUUGAAGGUGCACCUGGUAAGAGGAGAGCCAAACUACAAGAUCUAAUAAGACAAUGUACUGAUGAUGAACUCAUGGAAAUUGUUCUACCUCGCUUAGCCAAAGUAGUUACGUUGUGGGAAUUUCUCAUGAUGAAGUUAGAGAAGGGAGGAAAAGCCACACCUAAAGUUGAAGAUAUCUUCCAUGAAUUCGAGUCCAUUCAGAAACAAGUGGCAAAAACUUGUCAAGAUUGUCUGAUACCAAUGGCAGAGAAUAAAGAGUCAAAUGAGCCAAGUGCUGGAUCUAAACUACAGAUUGAGGAUUCGUCUUUGGCUGCUAGUUUAGGACUUAAAAUAGGACAAUAUCAAGUUAAGUCUUUGCCUGUACAAGAAAAAUCAUUCCACUACAAAUUUCUCACCACUGAACCUCGUGGAAUACCUGUACCAACCAAACGUCAAAAUAAUCGUCGAACAAUUGAAAUAGUGACACCAGACGAAUUAAUUCAAACUAACUCAAAGAAACCUAGAAUGACUACUAUACUUAAUAAUAAUGUUCUUUCUAUGGCAGCAAAAAGUGCGACACCCACAGUUGUCACGGCAACCAGCUCAUUAACUACUUCAUCUAUACCCACAUCAGGAAUCAUCAAAUCAUCUUCAUCUUCCUCUUUAUUAACCCCUUCUCUUUCAAACUCAUCCAUCACCCCCAUUUCUCAAAACCAUACCAUUAUAUCCGAGCCCCUGUCAACAUCAUCAUUACCCAUAACCUCUCAAUUCGUCAACACAGCAUCUACUUCCAAUGGCACUUCUCAUGUCAGAAACACCCAAACAGUCAUAUUAACAAACAGUGCUCCCACCUCAAACUCUUUUACUUCGUUAAAUGGAGGGACUAUCUUAGCUGUAAAUGGCAGCGGUAAUCAAGUUCAGGAAAAUUAUCGUGUUCAAAUAUUAGGAAACAGUGCAGUGCUAAAUUCGUCUACAGUGAACUCUACAAUUGGUGCAAGUAAUUCAGUGCUAUUAACAAAUUCAUCUAUUGGAAACCAACCUGUGCUAGUGAAUUCAGUGAGUGAAAAUAAGUCAAUUCUAUUAAACAAUUCAGUUAAUGGAAAUAACAGCGUUUCGUUACUAAACCCUACAAAAAUCCCAGAAAAUAGUGUGGUAUAUGUUCAAGGAAAUAAUCAAACACCAUUAGAAAACAAUGCAGUUUUUGGGAACAACACAAUUCUAGUUAAUUCAACUAACACAAAUUCUUUACUGAAUGGAGAUUCAAUAAAAACUGCUGACACAGUAAAUAAUGCAUGUGAAAUAACUCCAAAAAUAGAAAUGCCUGAAACAGCUGUGCCAAAUUUCAUCAGUCCAGAUGAGUUAACAAAUUCUACUUUAGAUGUGAAGCCAGACAUUUCUAGUGAACAAUUAGAUAUCAAACACAAUGAUAUGCAGUUACAAGACUUAAAUACUGAUCAGCCAGUUCAAAAUGUUGCAGAACUGGGUGUUCAAGGGGAGAUAAUAAGUGAACAAGGGCAGAUAAUCAAUGCUGAAGGUGAAUUUGGCUCAGAACAAAUACUUAAUGUUGGUCAAAUUGAAGGUGAGAUAUUAACCCCUGAUCAAAUAGUGACGUCUGGUUCUAAUAUUUAUCAAACUGAAGAUGGCACUUUAAUUAUUCAGCAGCCCGACGGGACAACGUUUCAGUUACAAGGUGCUGAAGGAAUUCCAAUGGAAACCGUGCAAGCAUUAUUAUCAAUGGAAAGUGAGGGUCAGUAUGUUGAACAAGAGCAAAUCCAAACUGAUCUGCAGUAG